GCCUCCAGUCAACGUGCAGAACGCUUGGCCUGGCCUGUUGCUGCUCUACAUGGCCUGAUGCUGCUCUCAUGGCCUGAAGAUGGUGGGUGCUCUACAUGGCUACAUGGAGCCGCCGAUGAUUCGGUGGUUUUUUUUCUUUUUUCUUUUUUAUAUUUAAUUUAAAUACCAAAAUAUUUUUUUUUAUUUUCAUAUUUUUUUCUUGUGCUGCUGUGGAUGGAUGGCCUGGCUGGUUCCAAUGGAUGGUGGCUGGUUUUUAAUUUUUAAAAUUAAUAAAAUAAAAAAUAAAUUUUUUUAUUAUUUUUAUAAAUUUUUUUGCGUGUGGUGGAUGGUGGUGGUGGUCAACAUGCUCUUGGUUGUUUGGUGGUGGUGGUCAACAUGCUUUUGGAUGGAUUUGUGGUUGAGUGGCUGUUGUGUCUACGUGCCCUUCAACAUCCGUGCUCUUCAUGGUGGUGUUCUUCAACAUGCUCUUCAUGGUGGUGCUCUUCAACAUGCUCUUCAUGGUGGCUGGCCUUAUGGUUUUCUGGCCAGGUAAAAAAUUUUUUUGAUUAAAAAAUCAAAAAUUUGCUAAAAAUGCGCACGCGGGCCUUAUUUCCUCUUUCUUGUUGUCCUUUGUCUUUGUUUUCAUUUUUGUUCAUUUUUUUAAAUAUGUUUUUCAGCGAAAAAAAAGGUGAAGUGGCUGGUGGAAUGGAUGGUGGUGGAGUGGAUAUGGAGUUGUGGUGGUGGAUGGAAUUGGUAAUGGAAAAAGUUUUUCAGGUUUU